AUGAGCGAUCGCGAGAGGGCCACCCCGAUCACAAUUCGUCUGGAGAUAGAGCACGGCGCGCCGUUGAUCCAUUUUCAGUUCGAGGACGAGGUGCGAGACAGAGCGGUGCCGGUCGAGAAGAGAGCGAUGACCGAAGCAAGGAAAGCCGAGAAAGCGGUGGCACGUGCCAAAGUGGAAGAUCCCGCAGCAGCAGCAGUUGCUGCUGAACGAACAUCCGAUUCGGUAAGCGAAGGGGACAAGGAGGAGAGGGCAGUGAAGGGGGGAGGGGCAACGUCCUCAGCAUAUGCGACUUAA